ACUUCUUUUAAAUCUCUUGCAGAGCAAAGAGUGGAAGAUGUACGACUGAUUCGAGAGCAGCACCCAACUAAAAUACCAGUGAUCAUUGAAAGGUACAAGGGAGAGAAGCAGCUUCCAGUUUUGGAUAAAACCAAGUUCCUGGUGCCAGAUCAUGUUAACAUGAGCGAGCUAAUCAAAAUUAUCAGGCGACGCCUGCAGCUGAACUCCAACCAGGCGUUCUUCCUCCUGGUGAACGGACACAGCAUGGUGAGCGUUUCCACACCCAUAUCCGAGGUGUACGAGAGCGAGAAGGACGAGGAUGGGUUCCUGUACAUGGUGUACGCCUCUCAGGAGACUUUUGGAGCGCAAUCUUCUGUCUAAGACAUGCGAGUGGCUUCUAGCCUAGGAUUCUGGUUUACCCUUGGCCAUCACCCCCACUCUUCCCCACACGCACCCCAGGGAAAGAAAUGGAUGUCACCUAUGCUCUCAGUACCUUAGCAUAGUCUUGCUUUAGCAGGUGUCUCAUCUUAUCUUGCCUUGUUUGUAACUAUUAAACAGUACAGACGAGCACCUCCA